AUGGAUUGUAAUAAAUUAGAUGAAAAUUAUAUAAGAGAGGAUUCUUCUUUAAAAGUAGCAGAUGAAUUAAUUAAUAUCCCUAAAAAUUAUCAAGAUAUGAAUAAGAAUAUCAUUGAAUCAUAUAUACAAUAUAGAAAAUCUAAUAAUAAUGGGAAUUUUAAUAUUGAAUAUCAAAAUGAUAUAAAUACUAAGAAAAGGAGAACAGCAUUUGAAAGAGAAGCUAUAUUUAAUAAAUUAAUGGAAAUAAAUCCAACAUUAGUUAAAAUUGAUUCGAAAUCAAUUCCUGGUACUUGUGUUUUUUGUCAAAUAUGUCAAGUACGUAUUAUAUUAAAUCCAGCAUAUUAUCUCAAUAAUUGGAGAACUCAUAUGAGUGGUAAACUUCAUAGAGCUUUAUCUAAAGCUGUAGGAAGUCCACAUUUUAUAGAUGAACUUAAUGAUUUUAGUAUAAAUGAAUUUCAUAAUUAUAUUUAUAAUAAUAAAUCAAAUAUAAAUAAUAAUGGUGAAUUAAUAUUAUCUGAAUCACCUAGUUAUAUAUCAACUGCUUUGCAAAGUAUUAAUAAUUCACCUUUGGCUAUUCAAGAUAAAGAAUAUUUAAAAUCUCAAUGGGAUAAUUCAAAUCAAAAUAAAAUAUUACAAUCUUCUAAUUCACAAAAUAAUUCACAAAAUAUUAAAAUUUUUGAAGAAAUAGAAAAUAAUGAAAUUACUGAUAUUUUUAAUCAUAAUGAAAAUAUUAAUAUAGAUGUAACAGAUGUAACGGAUGUAACAGAUGUAACAGAUGUAACAGAUGCAACGGAAAAUCAUAAAGAUGGAAAUAAUGAUAAUAUUAAUACUUUAAAUAAUUUAGUUAUUCAUCCUCUUAUAACAACUUUAACAGAAUCAUAUCAAGUAUCUAAAGAUAAUAAUAAUUUAGAUAAUCAACAUGAUUAUUAUAAAUCUUUUCAAAUUCACCAAAAAGAUAAAGGAGAUAAUAUUAUUUUAUCUUCAUCUACAAAUAUGAAUUCACCAAUAUUUACCUCUUUAUCACCAAUAACAGAAUAUAGAGAUUCUCAUUUUCAAAAUAAUUCAAGAAAUAUUUUUAAACCUGAUAGUCCUAAUAUAAAUAAAAUUACUGAUAAAUCUUCAGAAUAUGAUUAUUUUGAUAUAUAUACUAAUAAUACUAUUAAUAAUCAUCAUCAUGGUAUAAAUAUAGAAUCUAAUAAUUAUGAUUUACCUGUAAUACCACCUUAUAAAAAAAUAGAAGAUGAGAAUUUCAGCUUAAAUCCAUGUCCAGGAAUUAGUAAAGUUAGAUAUUGGGCAAUGUGUUUUAUUGGAUCUGAGAGAUCAGUUGAACCUUGUGAAGAAAAACAAAUAAUAGAUACAAGGAGAGUAUUUUAUAAACAAUCUAUAAUUACAAGAGUUAUACCAAAUAGAGAUCCAGAACAUCUUGGUGUUGUACAUCACCCUCAAUGUAUAGGAUUUACAAAUAAUAAUGAUCAACCUUGUAAUCGUUGUGUACAAUAUAUUAAUAAUAGACAAUUAGCUCGUGUUAUUAGUAAGAGAGCUACUAGAUUACAAGAAAUGUGGGAUCGUGUCAUAGCCGGUGAAUAUAUUUUAAGUGGAAGAAAGAUACCACAAUCUAUUAUUAUGGCUUAUAAUCAUAGAAUAGAUCAUUGGACUAGAUGUAAUGAUCCAUUAGAAGCUAUAACUAGAGCUUUAGCUGGUUGCAGACAAAGAGAUUAUACACCUUUUUUUUGGAAAAUUAGGGAAAAUAUUUUACAUAAUGCUAGACAGGUAAAACUUAGGAGAUAA